GGAUGCAGAGGGGAAAUAUGGUUCAAAAUACCCGAAGACAGAAAACAUAAAAGGAAGAAAGAACUUCCGAUAAAAACAAAACGGAAAAACAGGGAAAGAGGAAACCAUACAAUUACAAUUAAAAAUAGAUACAAGGGGAGAGCAGGGCACGGGGGUGUGAACCAGCUCGGGGGGGUGUUUGUGAACGGCCGGCCCCUACCCGACGUGGUGCGGCAGCGCAUCGUGGAGCUGGCCCACCAGGGUGUGAGGCCCUGUGACAUCUCCCGGCAGCUGCGGGUCAGCCAUGGCUGUGUCAGCAAAAUCCUGGGCAGGUACUACGAGACUGGCAGCAUCAAGCCUGGAGUGAUUGGUGGCUCCAAGCCCAAGGUGGCAACGCCCAAAGUGGUGGACAAGAUUGCUGAAUACAAGCGACAGAACCCGACUAUGUUCGCCUGGGAGAUCCGGGACCGGCUGCUAGCGGAGGGCAUCUGCGACAAUGACACGGUUCCCAGCGUCUCAUCCAUCAACAGGAUCAUUCGGACCAAAGUCCAGCAGCCUUUCCACCCGACACCGGAUGGCGCAGGGACAGGAGUGACUGCCCCUGGCCACACCAUCGUUCCCAGCACGGCCUCCCCUCCUGUUUCCAGCGCCUCUAAUGACCCAGUGGGAUCCUACUCCAUCAAUGGGAUCCUGGGGAUUCCUCGCUCCAACGGUGAGAAGAGGAAACGUGAUGAAGUCGAGGUAUACACUGAUCCUGCCCACAUUAGAGGAGGUGGAGGUUUGCAUCUGGUCUGGACUUUAAGAGAUGUGUCCGAGGGCUCAGUCCCUAACGGAGACUCCCAGAGUGGUGUGGACAGUUUGCGGAAGCACCUGCGGGCCGACACCUUCACCCAGCAGCAGCUGGAAGCUUUGGAUCGGGUCUUCGAGCGUCCUUCCUACCCUGAUGUCUUCCAGGCAUCAGAGCACAUCAAAUCAGAACAGGGGAAUGAGUACUCACUCCCGGCCCUGACCCCUGGGCUUGAUGAAGUCAAGUCAGGUCUAUCUGCAUCCACCAACCCUGAGCUGGGCAGCAAUGUGUCAGGCACACAGACGUACCCCGUCGUGACCGGUCGUGAUAUGGCGAGCACCACUCUACCUGGUUACCCCCCUCAUGUGCCCCCCACUGGCCAGGGAAGCUACCCUACCUCCACCCUGGCAGGAAUGGUGCCUGGGAGCGAGUUCUCAGGCAACCCAUACAGCCAUCCCCAGUACACCGCCUACAACGAGGCUUGGAGAUUCAGCAACCCCGCCUUACUAAUGCCGCCCCCCGGGGCUCCGCCCCUGCCGCUGCUGCCGCUGCCUAUGACCGCCACUAGUUACCGCGGGGACCACAUCAAGCUUCAGGCAGACAGCUUCGGCCUCCACAUCGUCCCAGUCUGACCGCCCACCCCAGAGGGAGGGAGGACCGAAGCGACGCGCUGCCACUCGGCCACCGUCCCUGUCCCACCCCCCUCCACCUCGAGACACCCUACACCCCCCCUACCCCCCGCAGCCCUUCACGUCAUCCCGUCGAUGGCCUGACCGGGCCGGUGGAGCCGCGCGU